AUGACCCAGUUCUUCUCGAACUGGGAGCGUUUUGCCCCAAAAAGGUUACCUCGACUGCUGUCAUCGAGGCAGUCCACCUCUCGGUGCGGCGCUCUUGAUUUCGUGCGUGGCAAACAGCCCGAGUUUGUUGAUCUGAGCGACUCUGCAGACCUCUGCGACUACCUCGACAGGAUAAAUGCAGAGACGCCGUGUUACAACCGGCUCUUCCUACUCGAGGACCUCAACGAGUCUAGCCUAGAAUUGCUGGGUUCUGCGCUACACAUCGAUCCUGUCGUGUUGGCUGAUCAACUGUUCGCAUAUCACUUCUCGCAAAACGACAUGGUACCGCACCGCACCUUGCCAUCACUGACGGACGCAUCGAAAUCGUUUACCCUGCGGUAUUAUGAGCUUCGAGAAACCGAUGACCGCCUCGCCGAAAACCAGACGCGCCGCCGACGAACCUUUGCGCGUGCUUCUUGCCAGAUUGAGCGGUGGCGAGAUUUGGCUACUCGCCGAGUAGGGCUACGUGAUACCCACGUGGAUAUAAUACGGCACAACGUAUCUUUCUGGUGCGGUGAAGGCUUACCAGGUGAAGAUAAACCAACACCAGGCGCCUGGAAUGCAGCGAUUCUUCUCGUUGACCCUUCACUUGCUUCCCAGCCGGCAGCAAGGAAAAGCUAUUACUACGUCCUUGACAAGGAAGAAUACAAUGCCCCUCGGAGGCCACAAAUCCAGUGGAGUAAGCCCUAUCACGCAGGAUACAGUGAUCUUCGACCCUGGGAGUCAAACCGCACUGUUUCAGCGCCCAGCCGGCAGUCGAUGUUCGACGAUGUCAUCUUCUACUGGCUGCGUGCAGAUGGGCGUGAAAUUGAUGCUGUCUUUGACAGCUGCGUCAACACGACAUUAUUUGUACACCAGAUUGUGGCAUGCCACUGGUACAAGUUACUUGAUCUACAGUUCAAACCCCUGUCAACCGUGGACAUAACUUCGAAAACGAAACGCCGCGGCUCGCCUGAAAAAUCUGUCAGCACAGCGGAGUGGAGGGAGGAGCUGAAGUAUUACAAUGAGAGAUUGUCUCUUCUCGGCAUACUCCAGCGGCGUUUGAUGUGGUACAAGCAAGAGAUGAUCCUUAAUUUGGAGCGCUUGGGUUUCGCACCGCAUGGUGCAGGCGACGAUACAAGCAUCGUGACGCCGUCCAGCCUUCGCAUCGCCGGGCAAGAUCUCCAGGCCACACUGUAUGAAUUAGAUCGAUGUGAGUCGCGAGUCGACAAUCUUGUCGGCGUCGUGACCGAUUCGAUCAAUCUGAGCAGUGCCUUGCGCAGCCUGCAUGACGCGCGGUUUGGUCUACAGCUAUCGAUUUUCGGUGCGGUUUUCUUUCCCAUCACUCUUGUCGCCGCGAUUUUCUCGAUGGGCGGCGACUACUCGCCUGGCUCAAAGCACUUCUGGGUACCCUGGGUCAUACCUGUUCCUUUAGUGACUAUCUUGAUCCUUAUGAUAUGGCAAGCCCAUCACUCGCGCCUGUAA